AUGAGCCUCCCGCCCGCCCGCGCCCCCUGCGCCCCCCGCGUCCCCCGCCUGCCGGGCUGGCUCUGCGCGCUGCUCCUGCUGCUGUUGGUGACGCCGCCAGGGCCCCUGGGCAGCGCCGGUCCUGUCGCUACCCUCGUGAGGGAGCUGCGCUGCGUGUGUCUGACCGCCACACCGGGCAUUCAUCCCAGAAUGAUCGCUAAAGUGCAGGUGGUCGCCGCCGGCCCCCAGUGCCCCAAGGUGGAGGUCAUAGCCACCCUGAAGAACAAGAGGGAAGUGUGCCUGGACCCAGAGACCCCAGUGUUGAAGAAGGUCAUCCAGAAGAUUCUGGACAGGAGAAAGCUUGCUCAUCCUUUAGAACUCAGCUCAAGCAAUGUUUCCUUCAGGAAAUUUUCCAUUGAGACUCCAGGAGGAACUCCUGGUUUCCAUUUUGCUGGCCUCCCAGCAUCUUCUAGGUAUUUGAAUUUCUUUGAAUAG